UGGCGGGCGCAGCCUCGGUACGGGCAGGCUGAUCGCGGCGCCAGGCUCCAGCGCGGGGACCGAGCGCUGCGGACCAUGGAGCAGGGAGGCGGCGGCGACGGCCACCCCGGCGGGGGCGCGCGGCAGCGGGAGCUGGAGCGCAUGGCCGAGGUCCUGGUCACCGGGGAGCAGCUUCGGCUCAGGCUGCACGAGGAGAAAGUCAUCAAGGACCGGCGGCACCACCUCAAGACCUACCCCAACUGCUUCGUGGCCAAGGAGCUCAUUGACUGGCUGAUCGAGCGCAAGGAGGCCUCCGACCGCGAGAUGGCGGUCAAGCUCAUGCAGAAGCUGGCGGACCGGGGCCUCGUGCACCACGUGUGUGACGAGCACAGGGAGUUCAAGGACGCCAAGCUCUUCUACCGCUUCCGCAAGGACGACGGCACGCUCCCGCUGGACGCCGAGGUCAAGGCCUUCGUGCGGGGACAGCGGCUGUACGAGAAGCUCAUGAGCCCUGAGAGCUCUCUCCUGCAGCCCCGCGAGGAGGACGGUGUUCGCUAUGAGCGGACCGUCAUGGGCUGCGAGCUGCUGGACUGGCUGGUGCAGGAGGGCGAGGCCACCACACGGCAGGAGGCUGAGCAGCUGUGCCAGCGGCUCACGGAGCACAGCAUCAUCCAGCAUGUGUCCAACAGGCGCCCAUUCGUGGACAGCAACCUACUCUACCAGUUCCGCAUGAACUUCCGCCGCAGACGGCGGCUGAUGGAGCUGCUCAGCGAGGCGGCCCCGGGCGGUCCCGACACCCACGACAGCCCCUUCUGCCUGCGCCGCCAGGGCCACGAUGCCCACAAGGCCACCAGCUUUGUGUCAGUGAGCCCCAGCAAGGAGAUCAAGGUGGCGUCCGCGGGCCGCAGGAGCAGCCUGAGCAGUGGUGGCAGCAGCGGCUACUUCAGCAGCAGCCCCACCCUGAGCAGCAGCCCCCCGGUGCUGUGCAACCCCAAGUCCGUGCUGAAGAGACCCGUCACCUCAGAGGAGCUGUUGAGCCCUGGGGCGCCCUACGCCCGGAAGACGUUCACGAUCGUGGGCGACGCAGUGGGCUGGGGCUUCGUGGUCAGGGGGAGUAAGCCAUGUCACAUCCAGGCCGUGGACCCCAGCGGGCCUGCAGCCGCCGCGGGAAUGAAGGUGUGCCAGUUCGUGGUGUCUGUGAAUGGGCUCAACGUGCUGCACGUGGACUACCGCACCGUGAGCAACCUCAUCCUGACCGGGCCUCGCACCAUCGUCAUGGAGGUCAUGGAGGAGCUGGAGGGCUGAGCCUGCGACAGCCACCCGCGUUCCCGCCUCGCCUGCGCGCAUGUGUAUCUUAGGUCCAGGGUCCUGAACUGUGCCAGUGAGGAAGAGUCAGGCAGCACAUCUUACAAAAACAAAAAAUAAGUGCCGGGCGCUGUGGUGGAUACCUGUCAUCGCAGCACUCGGGAGGCCGAGGCAGGAGGAUCUCUGACAGUUCAAGGCCGCCUGGGCUACAUAGUGAGACCCUGGCUCAAAACAAUAAAUAAAAGAGAGAGAAAUGAAAAGACAAUGUAGAAAACAUUUGGGAACCAGUUUUCCUACAGGACAGAAUUACCUUACUAGAUUUCUAUUUCUCGUGCCAAUUCAUUGAGGGUUUUGUUUUUGUUUUAUCUUGGUGUGCAGAAAGUUGUUGAAAUGCUUCUCAAGCUAAAAUGGCACCAUGCUAAAGUCCCCUCUUGGGAGUCUUUAGAGUAGGUGUCCAGACCUUAAAGUGUACUUUCAGACAGGGUGCAGUGGCGUGUACUUGGAGUCUCUCAAUUUCUCGUUUUUUAUGGCUGAGUAGUACUCCAUUUUGUAAAAAAACCCACAUUUUCUUUAUCCAGUCUCCAGUUGAUGGGCAUUUGGGCUGUCUCCAAGUUUCAGCUAUUACAAACUGCACUGCUAUGAACAUGGGUGCACAUAUAUC